CCCCAUCAUUUUCAACCCCUUCAUAGUUGUCUUGCCCCUUUUGCAGGUUGUGCUUUUUAUUGCUUAGGAUCCAAGCCAAGCCAAACCAAGCCCAGCAUAGAAUUCAUUCUCAACCAAAAAUGGUUGCUGUCUUCAACAAAGAGCUCUUGAGCUGGUACCUCAUCACAGUCAAACUCAGAGAAACAGUAGAGUCUGGAAUUGCAACAACUCCUACCUCCACAAACAGAUCCAUUGAAUUGCCAGAACAAGCUCAUCAGCAGGUGCAGAAACAAGAGCAGCAACCAUCGCCCCUCCAAAUUGUGAUCCAAAAUGGUGGUGAUAAAAAAUAUGAAGAUGGACCGAAGUCACCAGAUUCCGAGUGGGUGAUCAACAUCAAAGACAAACUUGAACAAGCCGGUCAAGACGAUGCAGCAGGUACAUGGGCAAAGCUCUGCAUCUACAGAGUCCCCCAUUACCUAAGAGAAGGUGAUGACAAAGCCAUUGUCCCUCAGAUUGUGUCAUUGGGGCCUUACCACCAUGGCAGGAGACGCCUUCGCCAAAUGGAUCGCCACAAAUGGCGUUCGCUUCACCACAUGCUCAAGCGUAACAACCAGAACAUACAGCUCUAUCUGGAUUCUAUAAAAGAAGUUGAAGAGAAGGCCCGUGCUUGCUAUGAAGGACCAGUUGCAAUGGGGAUCAGCAGCAAUGAGUUUGUUGAAAUGAUGGUGCUUGAUGGUUGCUUUGUGCUGGAGCUGUUUCGUGGUGCAGCUGAGGGGUUUAAGCAACUGGGGUACCCUCGAAAUGAUCCCAUCUUUGCAAUGCGUGGUUCGAUGCAUUCGAUUCAGAGAGACAUGAUCAUGCUCGAGAAUCAGCUUCCACUUUUCAUCCUUGAUAGGCUGUUGGGGCUGCAGUUUGGAGAUCCUGAGCAGAAAGGACUUGUAGCCAAGCUAGCACUUCGGUUUUUUGAUCCUUUAAUGCCAACAGAUGAGCCGUUAACAAAGAGUGAUAGAAGCAAACUUGAGUCUUCACUUGGAUAUGCAAACACCUUUGAUCCACUCUCUGAUCAAGGUGGCCUUCAUUGCCUUGAUGUGUUCAGGCGAAGUCUAUUACGCAGAGGGCUUCAGCCUACACCGAGAGUUUGGAUCAAGAAAUGGUCACACGCCAAUCGGGUUGCUGAUAAGCGGAGGCAACAGUUGAUUCAUUGUGUUACAGAGCUUAGGGAGGCUGGGAUCAAGUUCAAGAAAAGGAAGACAGAUCGGUUCUGGGAUGUCAAGUUCGAGAAUGGGAUUCUAAGAAUUCCUAGGCUCUUGAUCCAUGAUGGAACCAAGUCUCUUUUUCUCAAUCUUAUUGCGUUUGAGCAGUGUCAUCUUGAUUGCAGCAAUGACAUUACUUCCUAUGUGAUCUUCAUGGACAACUUGAUCAACUCUCCACAGGAUGUGGGGUACCUCCAUUAUUGUGGAAUUAUUGAGCACUGGCUUGGCAGCGAUGCUGAGGUUGCUGACCUAUUUAACCGACUUUGUCAAGAGGUGGUUUUCGAUAUUAAUGACAGUUAUCUUUCUCGUCUGUCGGAGGAUGUAAACCGCUACUACAACCACAGGUGGAAUGCUUGGCGUGCCAGUUUGAAGCAUAACUACUUCAACAAUCCAUGGGCCACCCUCUCCUUCGUUGCCGCUGUCGUCUUGUUGUUUCUCACUUUUGCGCAGACCUUCUACGGAGUAUAUGGCUAUUACAGGCCACCAAACUAAAGUUCAUCAUCCAAAGCAUUUCCUCUUACAGUCUUUGGUUGCAGAGUGUGAGUGUUGUCGCGAUGCACAAAUUCCAUACAAUACCGUGAUUUCAUCCAUUUUUACAAGCUAAGUCAUGCUAUACAAACCAAGUUUAUAGGUUGUUUUGG